AUGAGUAUGGGAUCCGAUGACCAUUCUGCCUCGGUAUCCGGUAGUGGGCCAUGGGUUGCCCCCGGAGAGCCAAAGGAAGACAGGAAUCCCUCUGCUGAUGCUUCUAAGCACUGCGAUGAUGGGACACCAGAAACGCCAAGUCUGGGGGUAGCAGCCUCUCCCGCGCCAGCAGACCUCGCCGCAAAGGCAGCCCCAGAGAACGACGACGAACCACAGAAUACACUUACGAAGAAGUUUACAGAUGCAGAAUGGAGUGCACUGAGAAAAUUUAGGGUAAUAUGGUGUCUUUCUCGAAGAAAGGAGCUAACAAACAGCGCUAUCCACCUCCAGCCCAUGCUGCCUGCGACUUUCGCAGAAGCUUUUCCAGACAAUCCUGGCGCGUCGUCUACUCCAUACAUCCUGUGGGGUGUCACAAUCGAUCCGACCGAGCCCAAGAACGCGAAAGUAAGCGUUAUUCUUAUGAAAUUUUUGCGGGCAAGGAACCUGAAUCCAGAUGAAGCAAAAACUAUGUUGAUUUCCACCCUUCGUUGGAGACAAUCAUUCGAUGUCGAAGGGGCAAUGAAGGAACAAUAUCCGGAGGAAAUUUUCGGCAAACUUGGCAAGAUAUACGGCAAAGACAAGCAAGGACACCCAGUUGUGUAUAACCUUUACGGCGCGAUCAAGGAUACAAGCGUUGUGUUCGACGAUAUUCAGAGGUUUUUGCGCUGGCGCGUUGCUUUCAUGGAACGGAGCAUUGCACUGUUAGACUUCGAAACUGUGGAUCAAGCAGUCCAGAUACAUGAUUACGAGGGCGUUGGCUUGUUUAGUCGCACUGAGAACUCAAAGAGAGCCGCCUCGGAAGCCACGAGUAUUUUCCAGGGCCACUAUCCCGAGCUCUUGACCCGGAAAUUCUUCGUCAACGUACCGUCCUUCAUGACGUGGAUUUUCUGGUUGUUUAAACCAUUGCUUUCGUCGGCCACAUUGGACAAGAUGGCGGUUGUUGGUUCUGGUCCACGAACCAUUGGAACAGCACUGUUGCCAAUCAUCGAUGAACGCGAGCUUCCAAAACGAUACGGUGGCAGUGCAGAUGGUUUCUGA